CCGCUGUCGGGUUAGGAUGCCGCCCUCGGCCAUGGGCUGCACGAGUCCGCUCCUCAAACAGCAGCAGGACUCCGGCCCCGCGCCCGCACAGGAGGCACCGGCCGACAAGAAGAACCCCGACCCGGCGCGGCGCAUAAAGUGCGUGCUCGUGGGCGACGGCGCCGUCGGCAAGACCUCGCUCGUCGUCAGCUACUCGACCAACGGCUUCCCAAGCGAGUACGUGCCCACCGCGUUCGACAACUACAACGUUCUGGUGCGAGUGGAUGGACGGCCGUACAGCGUGCAACUGUGCGACACUGCCGGACAGGACGCGCUGGACCCGCUGCGGGCGCUGUGCUACCCGGACGCGGACGUCUUCCUGGUGGUGUUCAGCGUGGUGGCGCCGGCGACGCUGCGCUCCGUGGAGAGGCGCUGGGCUCCCGAGGUGCGGCGCCACUGCCCGGACGCCCCGCUGGUGCUGGUCGGCGCCCAGGCGGACCGGCGUCGCGACGCCCGCCUGCUGGCCACACUCGCUACCGCGGGGCAGGCGCCCGUCUCCGCCGCCCGCGCCGCCCAGGCGGCGCGGACAAUCGGUGCGGCCUCGUACGUGGAGACUUCGGCGCUGACGCAGCGGGACCUGAAGGAGGCGUUCGACCAGGCAAUCGUGUGUGCGCUGCGGCGGCGAGGGCUACUGAGGCCGGCUACGCCCCCGAAGCCCCGCCAGCGGCCGCUCUGGAGGCGGCUCUGCUGCUGCACCAGGGGCGGAGGCGGCGCCGGGGGCGGCAGCGGCAGUGGGGAGAGCGCUGGUGCUGGAGGCGGAGGCGAUGCCGGGGGCGGGGGCGGCGAGUAGCGGCCGGCGGAUACCGCCAGCCUGUCUGCCGGGCAGAGACUCGAUCCGAUUGUGAGAACUGUCGCCGCAGAUGACACACCUGCGGCUACGGCGGACUGAUACGUUUACCGGCCGUAUUGAGCAGCAUCUUGUUAUGGUCACGCAGGUUCUUACGGAACUGAGGCUUAGCAUCAGAACAGUAGAGCAAAUCAUCGUGAAGGAAAAUGGUUUAGUCGUAAAUGGAAAAAUAAUUUACAAGUAACAGUUGAAUGUUGUUGAAUACACCGCAGUGCGCGUUAUCUGUGAAUGUUAUGCACGUAUGUUUAUAUUCAUUUUUAUGGUCCACAUCACAUGAACAGCAGCUUAUUUAUGGAGAGCAACAUACUGUAGUUGAUACGAAGUUGUACACAAUUUCUGAGGAUGGUCUGAGGGUUCCUUUUCGAUGUAAGCACUGGCUGAAUAUUACUAAAACGAUUUCUACAGCGAAUUUUUAAAAUUUUUCCUGAUGAAUAUUUAAAAUACCAAACGGAAUAAUAGCGAAUUUUAUUCCAAAUUCAAUAUUACACAAUAAACAGUUCACAGUAACAAUUACAUUACUUAAAACCUUCACCAUAAAGAAUAUAUUUUCUUUGAAAAGUGAAAUAAAACUGUUCUUAAUUUUAAGAUUGGUUUCAGUGACGCUGCACUUUAGAAGGCUGCCCUUUUCCUUCUCAAAGCUGAGAACUGGUGCGAUUGGCCAGAAACAAGGUUCCAAAAAGCAGUGUCGGAGGAGGAACGGGAAAGAGACCUACCACUUCUUUUCUUCUGACUGGUUUGAUAUAGCCUAUCACGAACUCCUCUCCCAUUCUGGCCUCUUCAUCUCAAAGUAACGAUUGCAUCGAAAGUCUUUAAUUACUUUUUGGUAUAUUCCUAUCUCUGUUGUUCUCUUAGUUUUUAUUCUCAGCAGCUACCUUUAGCCUUGUUCAGAGUCAGAAAAUUCCAAAUUGCAGUUGGGAAUUAAACCCUGGAUUUUUUAAUUCGUAGUAUAUCACUAUAUCAGGACAGUCACCAAACCUAUAAUGAUCUUUGAACUGAAAACUUAAUAAAGAAAAAAAAGAGCAUGAAACGGUGAUUCUUUGUAAGCACUGUGCAUUCCUCUGUGGUUGAUCAGCUAUGUUUUCUAUUAUUUUCGUUUUUCUGACGGUAAAAAUUUCGUCUUUUUGAUAUUUUUCGUUAGAAGUGAUUUACUGAUUGUAAAAAGUAUAAGGAAUUUAAAAAA